UCUCUCAGAUGUUCUGACUUUCACAACAAGUUUCAUCGAUUUGAAAACUGGAUAUACUUUUGGCUGACUGACGGGCCUGAGGAGGGGUCAUGGAUCCGAUCGUGGAAGUUGUGGCUUUGGUUUUGGGGUUCGGUGCUUGGGUGAUGGUGGGGGUCGCUCUGCCGAACCGUUACUGGAGGACGUCCACCGUCGACGGGAACGUUAUCACCACCUCCACCAUCUAUGAAAACCUGUGGAUGUCCUGUGCGACGGAUUCAACUGGGGUUCAUAACUGCAGAGAGUUCCCAUCGCUGCUCGCGUUGAGUGGUUACGUCCAGGCGUCUCGUGCCUUGAUGAUCACAUCAGUAGUGUUUGGCACCUUUGGACUGGUGGCGGCCCUCGUAGGAAUACAGUGCUCGAAAGCAGGAGGAGAAAACUAUGUUCUCAAAGGGAGGAUUGCCGGCACCGCUGGAGUGUUUUUUAUACUUCAAGGUUUGUGUACUCUGGUCUCAGUGUCGUGGUACGCCUUCAAUAUCACUCAGGAUUUCUUCGACCCGUUCUAUCCUGGGAUAAGGUAUGAAAUAGGAGAAGGGCUUUACAUCGGCUGGUGCUCUUCUGUGCUCGCCAUCGCCGGAGGAGUCUGUCUCACCUGCUCCUGCAAACUGGGCUCACAGGAAAAAUUCCCUUUGCCCUAUCAGACCAGAGGAACCGUCUACUCCGGAGUUGCACCCACCAGAAGCGUGGUAGCCAGUACUUAUGGACGAAAUGCUUACGUUUGAGCAAGAUCUGGAGACUGAACUUUGUGAACUUUUUCAUCACCUCAGCUUUAUAACACUUUGGGUGACUGUGGAAGCACAAACGGUGCGUCAGAUGUUCACAGAUGGAUGAAACUUAGCACCACUGCACUGUACAUAGCCACAAUAUCAACUAUGUAAAAUAACAGCAUUGAGAUGACAGCGUUAAUGUUGUAAAAUUUGUACAAAGCGACACGACUCAUCACUGCACAGACAUACAGAAGGCUUUCAAUGAUUCUAUUUAUAUUUCACUGACACUGUUUGCUCCAUUCCAUUUACAGUCACUCACCUUAAUGAUGUUCAAUCGUUUAAUGACCUGCAUGAAAGCAGACACAGACAUUUGUUUUGUUUUGUACAGUUUUGUAGGUAGUAUCUGUUAGCGAGGGUGGAGGACGGGUUAUCUUUGUUUUCAUGGUGUUUUGUCCUUUUUUGUUUUUUACGAUUGCACACAAUGAAGCGUUUUAUGCCAAAUGUUUAUAACUUUGCAACCUGUGGCCAAAAAAAGUUGUGAUUGUACUCUUUUUAAAAAAAGAAUAAAAGUAUUUUUUACAAACAA